CAGGGAGAAAACCGAGUAAUUGAUACCGAAACUCUAUCUGUUAUUUGUUGAGCCUGUGUCCCCAACUGGGUUGCAGAAUUUUGUUUUUUAUUUGAAACUGGUUUUGAAUUUGAUCUAGAAUUUGAUCAUUUAAUUUGGCAAAUUAAAUCUGAAAGUAUUGUAUGUUUUGGUGGGGGGAGGGGGGCUGUAUGAACGUGUGGGAAGUGAAUUAUGUUGGUUGUUGAUGUUAUUUGUUUUACAUGAUUUGACUUUUAGGAACUUCAUUUCCUGGCGACCAUAGCGAACUCCUCUGUGAGAGCCUUCUGUCCCGUGGAAGAGGGCACUGCUGUCGCUCUGUGGCCCCCAGAGCACUGCCCAGGGGUCUGGGACCUUCACACACCACUCCUGGGCUUUCAAGGACCCGGAACCCAAAUGCCAUGAUGACGUUAGAACCGCCCCAGGGAAGGCACAGGAGCUGCAGACGGGAGGCAGGUCCCUGGCAUCAGGAUGGCGCACACGUCCCAGCAGGUCUGUGCAAUGAGAUAGGAAACCCUAGAGGAGAGGCGGAAGGGCCCGGGGGAAGCAGCCCAGGAGGGGACAGCAGAAAGAUGGGGAGUGGAGUCAGCGCCGAGGACAAGGAGCUGGCCAAGCGGUCCAAGGAGCUGGAAAGGAAGCUGCAGGAGGACGCCGACAAGGAGGCCAAGACCGUGAAGCUGCUGCUGCUGGGUGCUGGGGAAUCAGGAAAGAGCACCAUCGUCAAGCAGAUGAAGAUCAUCCACCAGGACGGCUACUCGCCAGAGGAGUGCCUGGAGUACAAGUCCGUCAUCUACGGCAACGUGCUGCAGUCCAUGCUGGCCGUCGUCCGGGCCAUGUCUGCCCUGGGCAUUGACUACGCCGAGCCCAGCCGUGCGGAUGAUGGGCGGCAGCUCGGCCACCUGGCCGACUCCGUCGAGGAGGGCACCAUGCCCCCUGAGCUGGUGGCGGUCAUCGGGAGGCUGUGGCGGGACGGCGGGGUGCAAGCCUGCGUCGACAGAGCGGCGGAGUACCAGCUCAACGACUCGGCCUCUUACUAUCUGAACCAACUAGACCGGAUUACGGCCCCCGACUACCUCCCCAGUGAGCAAGACGUGCUGCGGUCCAGAGUCAAAACUACGGGCAUCGUUGAGACCAAGUUUUGCGUCAAAGACCUGAACUUCAGGAUGUUUGAUGUGGGGGGGCAGCGAUCAGAGCGAAAGAAGUGGAUCCACUGCUUCGAGGGAGUCACCUGCAUCAUCUUCUGCGCGGCCCUCAGCGCCUAUGACAUGGUGUUGGUGGAAGAUGACGAAGUGAACCGCAUGCAUGAGUCGCUGCACCUGUUCAACAGCAUAUGCAACCACAGGUUCUUCGCGGCCACUUCCAUCGUCCUCUUUCUCAACAAGAAGGACCUCUUUGAGGAAAAAAUCAAGAAAGUCCACCUCAGCAUCUGUUUUCCGGAGUAUGAUGGAAACAACUCUUACGAAGAUGCAGGGAGUUACAUCAAGAGUCAGUUCCUUGACCUCAACAUGCGAAAAGACGUCAAAGAGAUCUACAGUCACAUGACCUGCGCCACAGACACGCAGAAUGUCAAGUUCGUGUUCGACGCAGUCACAGACAUCAUCAUCAAAGAGAACCUCAAGGACUGCGGGCUCUUCUGACUGCCACUGCUUUUCAAGUGUGUGCUCUCCUAACGGGACUGGAGUCUGGGUGCUGUCCAGGGGGAUAUCACGGGUCACAGCACCGUGCCCUGGGGCACGAGUGCCUCAUCCCCUGGAAAUGGGGUGAGCAUGGCCAGGACUGCCUUCCCACCCUGUGCUCAGAGCAGGGCGGCCGGUGCAGUUUAAAGAGCCCAAGGCCAGGAGUUGGAACACCCAGGUUCCAGUACUGGUUCUGCAAUUUACCACAAAGUGUAAAGACACCCUUUGUCUGAGUGAGUCCCUCAUCUCUGAAACGAAGGUCAUUCACUUCUCUGCUGCAUCACGGGGUUACUCUGGUGGUCACAAACAUAACCCAAGGGAAGGUGCAGAAAGGCUGUGUCACUAGUCACAGACAGAAACCCUGCAUCACAGCUGCCAUCUAGGGAAAGCAACGCCAGCUUUCCAGAUGAACUAUCCCAAGCAAAACGGGAAAUGACAACAACAACAACAAACCCACAAGCUAAGGCACAUAGAGACCUGUUAGUGGCAGGUUUACUGAGAGAUCUGGAUCGCCGGACAGGUGACUUAGUUCCCAUGGCACAUACCUAAAAACAAUCAUCUUUAUUAAGGGUAGGCUACCCCUCCUCCCUCCUCCAACCUGCUAGAGAGACAAAGUUUCCUUUAGCUCUAAGUAACUGUUUCGCAGCUACACAAGCCACUUUCUGAAUAAACUAAGAGCAUACUAACACAUUCGCACUCUGAGUACUAAUGAUGUUUUAUAGCUGCUACUUCUCCCUCACAGAAUUUGGAAUAAGAGAGCAACCCUAAAAUUCUCAUUUCAACUGCUACCUGUUUCGGAACAAAACAGGCAGCUGAUCUUGCUUUAGGCAAUAAAAACCUGUGUGGUUGGGUGGACUCCUGUGAGGCCUGGCUGAAAACAUCUUCCCAAACAGACCAAGUAAAUCACUGGCUUCUCACUCCUGGGAGGGGAAAGGAAGCUGGCUUUGCAUUUAUCUUCACAGGAGGCGGUGAAGUCUCUUACGGAUUUAGCAUUUACAACUACUAGUGAGGAAGGCUCCUGGCAUCAAGAUUUAGUCUAUAAAAGAAUGUGUCAGUUAAAAUGAAAAUACUCUCCUUGCCAGAAGCACACUCUCCCGCUUACGCGGCUACUAGCCACAGUGAUACCAGAGAGCCAUAUGAGCCUGGAGUGCACCGAGGAAAAAACCUGGUGCUGUUAAAAUCGGAUUCGUUUGAGAGUCUGACUCCUAGAAAAGAAACCAACUUGGGAGGAUUAGCAGAGAAUUAAGGGAAACUACUCUGCCUACUGUCGAUGAACCAACUUCAGUCAAAGAAAAAGCCAGGGUAAGACGUCUUGUCUUGCACCCGCAAGCUGAGCAGGAACUUUUCUAAGCAGCUUUAACUUUGACUCACUUUUUCUUCUUUUUUAAAAGUUUUUAUUUAUUUUUAGAGAGGGAGGGAGGAAAAGAGGGAGAGAAACAACUUACACGCCCCUACUGGGGACCUGGCCCACAACCCAGGCAUGUGCCCUGACUGGGGAUUGAACCAGUGACCCUUUGGUUCGCAGGCCGACACUCAGUCCACUGAGCUACACCAGCCAGGCCUCUCACUUUCUUCUGAGUCUCCCCCCACCUGCCAAAUACAAGGGAAAGUUUUAGAAAGUCACAGAGGUAGAAGUGAGCCAGUGGGCUAUGUGGGCCCAGGAAACAAGUACGGAGGCAAAAGAAGGAUCCUUGGAAUUUCAAUGGUUUGUGCCU